AAAUAACCUCUUCAGCACUUCAACCUCGAAGCAUCGAAAAUAUUAAUCACGGUGAUUAAUUAGCAGUUAAUUAGUCGUUGUUAAUAUCUGAAUACGAAUAUCCCAACUUGUUGACGUCAAAGAAAUUAAUUCAUUCAGAUGUGCCUCUGAUGUUUUUAUCAACUUUUAUUGACUACAGGAAGACGAUAUAUUUAUAAGGAGCAUUCAUCAAUACAUCAACCUCUUUAUAUAAAACAUAUUCAUAGGAAUUUAAGAGACACUUUAAUUGUUGCAUGUACGAUAAAUUAUUCUCUGAUAAUGAAUCGUUUAACUAAACGCAAAAACCCUGAUGCAGUAGAGAAACCAUAUCGCUGUAAUAUUUGUGGUAAAUCAUUCUCUCAAAGUAGUCACUUGACUGUACACAAACGUAUUCAUACAGGAGAGAAGCCAUAUCAUUGUGAUAUUUGUGGUAAAUCAUUCUCUCAAAGUUGUCACUUGACUGAACACAAACGUGGUCAUACAGGAGAGAAGCCAUACCAUUGUGAUAUCUGUGGCAGAUCAUUCUCUACAAGAAGUCAAUUGACUCGUCACAAACGUAUUCAUACCGGAGAAAAGCCAUAUCAUUGUGAUAUCUGUGGUAAAUCAUUCUCUCAAAGUGGGGACUUGACUCGUCACAAACGUACUCAUACAGGAGAGGAGCCGUAUCAUUGCGAUACCUGUGGUAAAUCGUUUUCUGCAGCUGAUUACUUGAAAACACAUGUACGUAUUCAUACUGGUGAGAAGCCAUAUCAUUGUGAUAUCUGUGGUAAAUCAUUCUUCCAAAGUGGUCACUUGACCAGACACAAACGCAUACAUGCAGGAGAAAAGCCAUACCAUUGUGAUAUCUGUGGUAAAUCAUUCUCUGUUAGAUCUAACUUAACUAUACACAAACAUACACAUACAGGAGAGAGACCAUAUCAGUGUGAUAUCUGUGGUCAAUCAUUUGCUCAGAAUGGUAAUUUGACUACUCACAAAUUCAUUCAUACAGGGCAAAAACUGUAUCAUUGUGAUGUCUGUGGCAAUUCAUUCUCUCAUAGUAGUCACUUAACUAAACACCUAUGUAUUCAUACAAGAGAGAAGCCAUAUCACUGUGAUAUCUGUGGUAAAAAAUUUUCUUCCACCAGUCACUUGACUAUUCACAGACGUAUUCAUACGGGAGAAAAGCCAUAUUGUUGUGAUAUCUGUGGUAUAUCUUUCUCUCAAAAUAAUCACUUGACUAAACACAAAUGUACACAUACAGGUGGGAAGCCAUAUCAUUGCAAUAUUUGUGGUAAAACAUUCUCUCAAACUAGUCAAUUGAAUAUUCACAAGCAUAGUCAUACAGGUGAGAAGCUAUAUCACUGUGAUAUCUGUGGUAAAUUAUUCUCUCAAAACUGCGAGCUAAGUACACACAAAUGUGUUCAUACAGGAGAGCGGCCAUAUCACUGUGAUAUCUGUGGUAAAUCUUUCUCUUGUAAUAGUCACUUGGCUAAUCACAAGCGCGUUCAUACAGGAGAGCGGCCAUAUCACUGUGACAUCUGUGUUAAAUCAUUCUCUCAAAUGAGUGCCUUGACUAGACACAAACAGACACACAUACGAGAGAAGCCAUAACAUUACAAUCUGUAGUGAUUCACUUUCUGAAAAUAGAUCUUUUAAUAAUAAUAAUAAUGAAAUUAUUGUAUCCAGUGCUCAGUGCACCACAACUUGUCAAAAAGUGCGUAUAAAGCAUAUGCAGUAA